UUUCCCACCAGAUACCCAUCCCCGUCCGGCUUCGUUGGGCCAAGUAAUUCAAGGUCUUGUAGUUGUAAUGAAGAUAAUGCCAAGUAAUAACAGGUGGAGAACAAUCGCAAGAGGAGCGAGCUACACUUGGUUGCCUUACACAAGCUUCACCACCACCUCCAUCUCCACCUCCACCUUCAGGAAGAGAAUUCAAGGUGUCAGGAUGCAUCAUAAAAAUGUAAAGAAAGCGAAUCUGUAUGCAGCAAGAAAGGAAAGUGUUAAGCUGCCAAACUAUGAUAGUGAUUGUGGAGGCCAAUAUCAUAUUAGUGAAUUUUUAAGUCACCCAUCAGGGAUUGAAGCAAUGUUGAACACUAGCGCCUUGCAGAGUUUUGAACUCAUUGAUAUUCAAACAUAUAGGUGCACUCUGCCAAAACUUGAACUUUUGAACUUUGAAGUUGCCCCGGUGAUGGAUUUACAAGUGACUCCAACGGACAAAGAUUGUACUGUGCGGUUGCUUUCUUGCAAGUUUGAAGGUUCAAACAUCGUGGAACGCCAAAAUGACCAUUUUUCAGCAUUUAUGACAAAUCACAUUACCUGGUACAAAAAUGAUUCUGUAUCAUUUUUGGAGGUUGACGUAAAGUUGAAUCUCUCUCUUGAGAUAUACACACGGCCAUUUACUUUGCUGCCUGUAUCAGCAGUUGAGCGCCCUGGAAACUUAAAUGUGGUGACAUACAGAAUGAUGCAAGCUCUAGUCGAUAGACUCGUACCAGUGCUUUUACAGCAACUACUACAGGAUUACGUCAAAUGGCUUGAGCAGAAAUUUGAAGACUUCUCGAAUUUGGGGCCAAAUGAUUCGCACAAUUGAGUAAAUCUUCUAUCUUCAUCACAACUUUUGAUUUUGUUUCAUUUUUUCUAUAGUAUGAUUCUCUUUGUGGUUGAAGCCACAAAUGUGAUUUGAAAUUAUAAUCCUAUCAAAUCAUCGAACCUGGGUCAAGUGUUGGAUGAAUACCAUAAAAUAAUAUGUUAUCAUGUCAUUCAUUUUUUUUUCCAUCAUAAUGUACUACUUUAAGGUGAGCCUAGAUAGUAAAAUUUCUUAUUGCAAAGGAAGGUU